AUGGCGUCCUCGUCCAAUUCUCCGCGCGGAGUGUGCAAGUUUCUUGGGCGGGAGUGUACAGUAGAUUGUGUGUUUGCUCCAUAUUUCCCUCCAGACCAGCCAACAAAGUUUGCGAAUGUCCAUAAGGUAUUCGGUGCAAGCUACCUUGCCAAUCUAAUCGCAGACAAUACCCCGACGUAUAAAGAAAGUGCAGUAAACUCUGUGGUGUACGAGGCAGACGCGUACGGCUCUGUUGGUAUAGUCACCUACCUAGAACACAAGCUUAACCAUAUCCGGUCUUAUGUACCACAUCCAUCAGCGAUGCUCCCUCUGAGCCAUGAAUACCUUCACUAUCAGCCAAACAUGUACACAGAGUUAUCUCUCAGCACCCUUCUUCCAGCAUCGCACCCUACGGAAUUCCAUCGCCACAAGCGCAACAGCAACAACAACGGAUGA